AUGGAGACCCGAGAGUGGUCCUUCCUCCUGGACAUGGCGUGCGCAUCCGAGAUCGCAUAUUGGCCCUUGAAAAAGAUUCUCGACCACUGGUUCACCAGAUUGGGUUCCAGGCGCAUCCAGCGAGGUCCUCGACAUAAGGACGACGUCGUGCGCACACAGGUGGUCGAUCUCAUGUGCAAAUCGGAAAGAAUGCCCCGGAGGACGGAGGAAGCGACCAUGGAUGCCGUGAUGGUGAGCAUAGAGUACUCGGGGGCUCUCGUCCUCGCUUUCCGAGGAACGGAGACCAUCGAGAACGUGCUCACCAAUACUAAGACUAAUCUGGGCGCCAUCAAUGCGAACAUCGCGACGGGCAUAAUGGUGCACCGGGGCUUUCAGAUGCAUCAUCGCACGCUCAUGAAGGCCGUCAUAGAUGAGAUAACGCGCUACGUGCACGGCGAAGGCGAUGACGUUAUCUUCACCGGCCACAGCCUCGGAGCCUCCGCCUGCCUGAUGUCCGCAUUCGCAUGCGCGAUCGAUCCGGUGAUAAGCGACUUCAUGAAACACGUGCGAGUCAGGUGCAUCACGUUCGGCUCUCCGAAGAUCGGAACGCGCGACUUCUCGGAGUGGUCCGACGACCUCGUGCCCGAUACCAUCAGAGUCGUGAACGGCGGGGACAUAGUGACGAAGCUUCCCAGGCAUAUGUAUCACACCAUCGAGAACGUGCUCAUCGACACUAAGACUGAUCUGGGCGCCAUCAAUGCGAACAUCGCGACGGGCAUAAUGGUGCACCGGGGCUUUCAGAUGCAUCAUCGCACGCUCAUGACGGCCGUCAUAGAUGAGAUAACGCGCUACGUGCACGGCGGAGGCGACGACGUUAUCUUCACCGGCCACAGCCUCGGAGCUUCCGCCUGCCUGAUGUCCGCAUUCGCAUGCGCGAUCGAUCCGGUGAUAAGCGACUUCAUGAAAAAUGUGCGAGUCAGGUGCAUCACGUUCGGCUCUCCGAAGAUCGGAACGCGCGACUUCUCGGAGUGGUCCGACGACAUCGUGCCCGGUACCAUCAGAGUCGUGAACGGCGGGGACAUAGUGACGAAGCUUCCCAGGCAUAUGUAUCACGUAGGGAGAGUCGUCGACUUAGCGAACGCGAGAGCACCACCUUGUCUGAAAUGCCAUAAGCUCGAGAAUUACAUCGUCGCCCUCGUAAAGAGACUGCCGGGGAUCCUCGUAGCACAAGUAGAGGACUCCGAAUAUAUUAGGAGCCGGAUGGGACUGUUCGGGAAGAACAAAAAGUCCGUCAACGCAACGCUGAACGCACUGUCCGAAACUUUCCUCAAUAGCGUGGUGGAGGUGAAGAACUCAUGCCAUGCCUCAUCCUCCGCAUCGAACAUCGUGAACGUCAUAGCGCAAGGCACCGCCGACAACGCGAAGGCCGUGCUCGAUUGCAUGGCGGUCGCCGGCAAGUUCGGCUUCGAUCCGAGCAAGUGCUCCUCCUUCGUGGCCACCAACAAAAUCGGGAGCAUCAAGCAAGGCAUCAAGGUCAACCUCACGUCGGACUGCAAGCUCGAUUCGACCGACGUGAAGAACCUCCAGGCGAACAUGGAGAAUGCGCUGACGCAAAAAAACGACCAGGUCAACGACGGGGUGGCCACCGCUUUGAACGACCUGGUCAACGUGCUGGGCGGAAGCGAUUCAAGCAAGACGUAUAGUCAAUCGGUACACGACAUGGUGCAGAGGUCCUUCACCACCGAUGUGGUGAACGAAACCAUCACGAACCUCACGGGUAGCAACAUUUUGAGCAUUGCCGCGAUCGGCUUGGCGUAUCAAGAGGUAGGCGGGGUGGAGAUGUCCAUAGAGUCGACCGCCAUGGUGUCGGCCAUGACGAAGAACAAGACCAUCGCGGACGCGCUCGAUACGUUCAAACAGAAAGUGGAUCAGGAUAACAGCGAGCAGACAAAGGGCCUCACGGAUAUCAUCGAUUCCGUGGGGGCCACCGUGGGAGGCAUAUUCAAGACGAUGAGUUGGGUGUGGAUAGCGGUCGUAUGCGUCGGGGGAGUGAUCGUCUUAUGGGGUCUAUGGGUGGGUCUCAGAUUCCUCCUAUCUCCUGCUGGGCAAGACGGUGCUCGAGAGAUCGCAAAAGCGGGGGCCGAUAAGAUACGGGACACUCCUAUCAUUCCUGUCUAG